CGUGCCCGUAACGGGUUUAACCCGCGGGUUCACGGGUUAGCCCGCCCGUUUCAGAAAUAAGUUAAGACAGUUGAAGUUGUCUAUGUGAGCACUCUCCCCUGUUAAGAGUCAACUAAAUACCAUUAUUCCUCCUAAAUCCUUUUAUUCUCGUCAACUCUUCUGUAUUAGUUUAUAUUUUCUUCUUCUUUUUCUUGAAUUAACAAUAUUGAGUUGAUUGAAAUUGUAUCCUUGAAGCAGUCCACAUAAAAGUGAGUGGAGAGGAUGACAUGCUAUAUUUUAGUCCUUUAUAUCAUCAUAGAAUUGAGACGGUGGUAGGGUAAGAAAUGUUAAUACCCAAGUUGCUGAUGAAAGUCUUGAGAGAUUAUACAUCAGAAUGAAUUGUUUUGCUUGCUCUUCUCGAUUAACUACAGACAUGGAGAUUAAUGAAGACGACCGUUCAGAAUGUAGGUCUCCAGUUUCUAGUGCAAAUUCAAGUGGUGAUGGUGCAAGGAGAACUAGUACACGCGGUCGAUCUGUUUCAAAGGCUGGACCUUCUGCUCCAGCAGCCAAUGCUGCCGCCACAACUUUUACAUAUCAAGAGCUUGCGUAUGCAACUGAGAAUUUUAAACCAGACCUUAGAAUUUCUUAGCAAGAAUGAAUCCCACCGAGCCAUGAAAGCAGUAAGAUUCCCACCAUCCUUCAAUACGCUCCAAAAGGUUAGUGU